CCGUGCCCAGCUGAUGGUUUGACGCUCCCGCCGUCAGGGCUCCAUGGCGCCGAUCCUCUGCUCCCGGGUUGUGCUGCUGCUUGUCCUGGUGUCGCUGGGCCUGGUGAGGGCGGCGGAGGGAAGGAGGCUGCACUUUGUCAACCUGAUUUAUCGCCAUGGGGACCGCUCACCGAUCAAUAAAUACCCUUCAGAUCCAUAUACAGAGGAGGACUGGCCGCAAGGUUUCGGGCAGCUUACUCAGGUUGGGAUGAGGCAGCAUUAUGAGCUGGGCCAGUUUCUGCGAAAACGUUAUGAAGCUUUCCUCAACUCCUCGUACGACCGACAAGAGAUUUACGUUCGGAGUACAGAUAUCGACCGAACUCUGAUGAGUGCUCAAGCAGAUCUUGCUGGUCUGUACCCUCCACAUGGACAUCAGAUCUUCCAGCCUGAUCUUAACUGGCAGCCCAUCCCUGUGCAUACAGUGCCUUUGAAAGAUGAAAAGCUCCUCAAGUUCCCAUUAUCAAACUGCCCUCGCUAUGAGAAGCUGUUGAACGAGUCACUGAACAGCAAAAUAAUUGAAGAAACCAUGAAGGAAAAUCAGGAUUUUCUUGACAUGCUGUCUGAAAAGAGCAAGCUUAAGGUGAUGUUCAACAAUGUGUGGAAACUAUAUGAUACCCUGCUUUGUGAAAAAAUCCAUAAUUUCACUCUGCCUUCCUGGGUGACACCAAAAGUGAUUGCUCGUCUGGCACAUCUGAACAACUUGGGCAUGGAAUUCCUCUUCCGCCUGCAUGGAAUGCAGGAUAAAUCGCGGCUGCAAGGUGGCGUGCUACUCAAACAAAUCCUCGAAAAUGUUACUCGUUCAAUAAAUGUGACCAAUUCCACUCCCCGUCUCAAAAUGAUCAUGUAUUCAGCGCAUGACACAACACUCGUAGCACUUCAGAUGGCAUUGAAUGUGUACUCUGGCACCAUUCCUUCCUAUGCUUCCUGUCACAUGUUUGAGCUGUACCAAGAGGAUGAUGGGUCCUUCACAUUGGACAUGUACUUCAGGAAUGACACUAGUACUGAGCCUCACCUGCUUGUUCUGCCAUCCUGCUCUGAGCACUGUCCCUUAGAAACAUUUAUCGAAAACACCAAAGAUCUGAUCUCUGACAACCGAGACGAAGAGUGCAAGUUCACCAGUCCAGCUCCCUCAAGUAUUCAGACAGAGAGGAUUGUGAUUGCAGUAUUGUCCGUCUGCCUGCUAUUGCUGAUCUUGAUGCUGAUUGCCCUGUACUGCUUCUGGAAGCGGAAGACUCACCAUCACAGAGUUCCUUCCAAUAGCGAGGAGCUGGCCUGACAGUCAAUGGCAUUGCUGCCACACCCCAGCUUGGAGGAAGAUUGACUGAUUUAACCACUUCCUUGCCAAAUUAUCAGACUUCUAAUUACUGACUGGAAAUUGAGUGUUUUGUACUUAGCUAAGAAAUUUGUUUUGUUGUGUUAUUAUCAUUGAGGUUGUGGGGUAUAUUCCUUAUUUUUGUAAUCGGUGAUUGGACCAACCCUACCCUUGACUCCAAUGCCAUCCCCCACCUGCUUCACUCUUUGUUGCUGACCCUCUCGCCCACCCCCACGCUUUGAGUGGGGAGCCUUAUGUGGCACUGGCUGCCACAGGAUGUUACUUUCAUACCUUCUGUCCUCUCUGCCAUAAAGAUUGCCUAUUUUCACCUCUCUAACAUGGUCUUUCUCUGCCUUUGUCUUAGUUUUUUUGGUUGCAAUAUCCCCUCACCUAAUGCCUUUAACACUACCAGCUCCAUCUAUGUUGAUGCACUUCUGUGUGACACUAGGGUCCACUAAUGCCUUGAAUUUACAGUUUCUCAUCCCUUUGUAUGAACCACUUAAUGGCAUCUUUCCCCUUCCUAUGUGUGUAACUUUCUCAAGCUCAAUAGCCCCCAAAAAUCUCAACUCUCCAUUUCUUAACUUUGUCCCUUUGAGUAUCUUCCCAGUUGGGGGUCAUGCUUUCAAACACCAAGACUCCACGUUUUGAAAUUUCCUUCUAAACGUCUCCUCCUGAAAAAGCAUCACUUGGACUAAUAUUUGAUCCCUCCUUGUAAAACUUCCUCUGGCUGAGAUCUCCCUCAGGACACUGGAGUUGGACUUUAACUUUGGAUGUGCUAUGUGCUGUGUAAGUGGCGAUUAUUAGACCUGCAGUGUUCAGUGAGCUUCACUGUGGAUCUCAAAAGUACUCCUCACAAGCCUCUGAGGCGGCUGCAGUGAAGGGUUGUUUGUACAUGACCAUUGCUAACAGAUUGUAGCUUGACUUGACACAAUUAACAAUGGCCAUAAUUUUAAUUUUGCAAAACAAGGAAACUGACAAUAUAUUGGGAAAACGUGUUUGAGCAGUAAGCAAAAACUGAGCUGAAAAAGAUUAGCUCCUUGCUUAUGAUCCCAUAACAUGAAUAUUUUUAUCAAACUACAGUAUUAGCAGUUGUUUUCUGUACUUUUCCCUUCGUGCCAUUUUAUUUCAGUAUCUUUGAGGACUCUUGGUCACUUGGGAAGAGCCUGCCCUGACACCAAUGACUAGCCCUGUUUCCACUAUGCACAACCUUGUGGGACACCAGCCUCUGCUGGGAUCCUACCUUACGUAUUAUGAGAGGAGCAUGUUGGAAUGACACUGUCACUGUCAGAUUGCAGCAGUGUGGCAAUGCAAUGCAAUACCCUCGAACUGAAGUCAGAACUCAGGACUGUCUUGUUCAGCACUCAAAGAACAAAGAAAAUGACAGCACAGGAACAGGCCCUUCAACCUUCCGAGCUGCGCUGAUCCAGAUCCUCAA